CCCAGGCUUCUAUCCCCUUCCAUUGUGAAACCGGUUCUCCCAUGGGAUUUGCUUUUAUUAAUAUGGUAAAGGAUGAAGAGAAGGCCUUAACACUAGAUGGAAGUUACUUGGGAGGGCUGAGGCUUGAGGUUACAAUGGCUAUAAAUAGAAGUGAAUACUAUGGGUACACUGGCCAUCUUGGUUGUAAACAGUGUCGUAUUGUUUUGAUGGAACGCUCUAUGGAAAGAUUCUAUAGCUUUCCCACACUAUCAUUCCCCUCACCAGAGAACAAUAGAAGCAGCGGUUAGUCAGAGUCCCUACCAAGAUCAAGAAGUGUUGCC